CGGCUUUGACAAGACCCCAGGGAGGACGAGAUAAUGUACAAGUAGUGAAUGAUACAUAAAUCUGUAAAGCAUAGAAAAACAGCAUGAUGAUGUAAAGCAGUGAUAUUAAGUGACACAGAGUUGUAUUAGUGUUUUAAGUUUGAUUAUGAAUAUAGUUAUGCAUGUAGUUCAUCUGACACACACUUUCCUGGUGUCUGUGAGCCAGUGGGAUUAGGUUCCACUAGGACAGCGUGGGUGUGUGUAUGUAUUUCUUGCUCUUGCCGGCUAACGCACUUUCAGAGUGAAUGGACUGCGAGAAGAGCAAACCUUCAAUCUCUUUCAUGUUGCUAUAACUCGAGGAGAAGAAACCAAACCGAACAAAUGGGCUCUUUCUACCGUAAUGAAGAAGAUGACGAUUCCUUAACCGAGAUGGAAUCUGAGUCUCUAAUGCAGAAAAUCAAUGAGAAGAAGACUGGAAUUACAACUGUGAUUGCCCAGGCAGAGGCUGAGCAGUGUCAAGAAUUCUGUCCAUCUAGUGUGAAACAUGGCCUGCUUCAAUCACAAUGUGUGGCUCCUUUCCAUAGAACAAGCCCCGAAACACUCAGGGAAGGGGCAAGGAGGAAAAAAGAGCACUCUGAAUUUGGGCAGCCACUCUGGAGGAGUAGUGCAAGAAAGAAAUCUCUAAAGAUGGCAAAGGAGAGGCAGACCCCCAUUGAUAAACCUUACAGCAGUAUAGUGAGUCUCAGCAACCGUAGGUUUAAAGUGAGCUGCUGCUCUGAUAUUUACACCAGCGUUGGAUCUCCAGAGCUCAGUUCUCAGCCAGAAUCUGUGUACAUUUAUGCUGAAAGUAUCAAAGGUGGUGACACUUCCUGUUCUAGUGUAUCGCAAGACUGGGGCUCGCUUUGCCUCUAUACAGAGGUUGAGAAGACCUGUGGCGUCAUGCAAGACCCUGGAUCAGAGACUGCAAAAAUAGACAGCAGUAUAGAAGCCUUGUUCGGAUCGGAAUCUUCUUGCGAUGGCGAGUCCAUCAGAGGUGACUGUGACUCGGAUUCAAGCUGCAUUAAUGCAGACUGGGAGCGGAGCUUUGACUCCGACAAUGACUCGUGCAACUUGGUCUACAGCUUUGCUGAGGCACGGUGGGGCUCUGUCUCAUCAUGUUCAGGCUCUGCUGCCUCUGGUUAUAUCACUGACUAUAAUUUGGAAUCCUCGUUCUCCACCACAGAGCAACAUGGCAGCUCUGCUUUUGGCAGCCAUUUUGAGGCAGGAUGCUAUGACUCGUCAAUUGGCCAUUUUGAUGCAGGACAUCGUGACUCACCAGUUGGCCAAUUUGAGGCAAGGCAUUGUGACUCAGCAGUCAACCAUUUUGAGGGAGGAUACCAUGACUUGCCAGUCAGCCAUUUCAAGCCAGGACACCACAACUCACCAGUUGGAUAUUUUGAGGCAGGACACUGGGAUCUACCAGUUGGCCAUUUUGAGGCAGGACACUGUGACUCACCAGUCAGCCAUUUUGAUGCAGGACACUGUGACUCGCCAGUCAGCCAUUUUGAUGCAGGACACUGUGACUCGCCAGUCAGCCAUUUUGAUGCAGGACACUGUGAUUCUCCAGUUGGCCAUUUUGAUGCAGGACACUGUGAUUCUCCAGUCAGCCAGUUUCACGCAAGAGGCUGUGACACUCUAGUGGGCCAUUGUGAAGCAGGACAUCAUAACUUGCUAGUAGGGCAUUUUGAGGCGGGGCCCAAUGACUCACCAGUUGGCCAUUUUGAGGCAGGACACUGUGGCUCACCAGUUGUCCGUUUUGAGGCAGGACACUGUGACUGGCCAGUUGUCCGUUUUGAGGCAGGACACUGUGACUGGUCAGUUGGCCGUUUUGAGGCAGGACACUGUGACUCCCCAGUUGGCCGUUUUGAGGCAGGACACUGUGACUCGCCAGUUGGCCAUUUUGAGGCAGGACACAGUGACUCGCCAGUUGGCCGUUUUGAGGCAGGACACUGUGACUGGCCAGUUGGCCAUUUUGAGGCAGGACACUGUGACUGGUCAGUUGGCCGUUUUGAGGCAGGACACUGUGACUCGCCAGUUGGCCGUUUUGAAGAGGCUUCCUUUGACCUGUACAAUGCUUUUCCUGAGAGUAGUGAUGCAGUCUGUUACAGGGGUAAAGAGCAUAACUACUUUUUUCAUUUUAAGAACUAUUCUGAGCUAACUUGGAGGACACUACAGGGCGUCGUGACUCAUCCUGAUCGCUAUCGCAUCGCACCAUUUUUCCACGAGAUGAUGAAAGAGACGGAGCAUGAUAGAAAUCAAGAAAAAACAAAGAUAAACAAAGGCUUUCUUUUUCAUCCACAAAGGUUUUUACAGGCGAAAAACUCAGAAUAUCGGGAAGGCCAGGAAUAUUCCAUGCUUCGCCACGUACAGAAUGGAUCGUAUGGAGAUGUGUUUAGCGUGCGUGACAAACAAACAGGGUUUACAUGUGCUGCCAAAAGGAUUCCUCUAAGCAGCUUCAGCUGGGAGGAAGUGGGAACAUGGAGCAGGUUGGACUCGCCGCGUGUCCUUCAGCUCUACGGGGCUGUACAAGAGGGUCUCAAUGUCGUCCUCUUCAUGGACCUUAAAACAGGCUCAUUGGCACAGUUCCUAAAAGCAAGAGGGCAUUUUCCUGAAGAUUUGGCUCUUUAUUAUCACUGUCAGGUGCUGCAGGCUCUGGAACAUCUGCACAGCAGAAAGGUGAUUCACCUGGAUGUUAAAGUGGACAACGUUUUGCUUUCGAAGGACAAGAGGGAGUGUUUCCUGUGUGAUUUUGGAUUAUCUGAGAUGCUGGACAGGACCGGAUACAGCACCAAGACCUUCAGAGGUAAUGGUCUGCGUGGCACAGAGAGCCACAUGUCUCCCGAGGUGGCUCGUGGAGAUCCUCGCUCAGACAAAGCAGACGUCUGGAGUAGCUGUUGUAUGUUACUGCACAUGCUCAGUGGCCAUCAGCCGUGGACACGCUACUACACACACCCACUCUGCCUGAAAAUUGUGAGUGAGCCGGCCCCUCUUUGGGAGAUUCCUGCUGGCUGUGACCCCUUGACCUGUGAUGUCAUCAGAGGGGGAUUAGUCAAGGAGCCAAGAGAGAGGGACUCGGCCAUGGAGCUGCUGGAGAAAAGCAGCAGAGCUCUGCGAGCAGUAGUAGGCGGCCUCUUUGAUCUGGUCCAAUCAGCCAUGCAGACUCCUCCCCACCCUCAGAUCUCCUCACCAAUUCCAUCCCACAAUGUUCUCACCAAACCCCCAAUGGUCCUGCCCCCGGUUUCCAUAACAACAAUCCCUAGUCAUGAAGAGCUCUCUGCUCCCAGAAUUCAGUGGGUCAGCGGAUGGAGAGAACGAGCAGCCGAGGAGGAUGGGACGGAUUCAGAAGACAAAUACGAGGACAGCAAUGGAGGGAUGGACGGGACAGAAAGAUGGAUGGAGAAGUACUGGGGAUUGAGUAAUGAACACACACUUUCUGAAGACACUGACGAAGAGUUGAAGCACUUGUCAGAAGAACGAUGGAGAGAAGGGGCAGCUGUAGAGAAGAGGAAUGAAGAGGAAGCAGAGAGCGAUGAAGAGAUAGAGAGUGAUCUGGGGAGUUUGAGGGGGCUGGGCAGUGAGGACGAGUGGGAGCCGUUUCACCGCCUGCAGAUCCUCUGCGGUUCAAAACGGCAACAUAGUGGAGAUGAUCCAUCGUCUGAAACGGAGGAAGAGUGUGUGCCCUCUAUGAUGACAAGUUUAAAUCACAUUAAUGAGCGAAACUCCAGAUUAACUCUCACCUGCCAUCGCAGCGUCUGCAUUUCUGACGCCGAUCUUACUGACAAGGCUUCUGAUUGGUCGGAUGACUUGAGCUCCGGCGUGUUCUCCUCCUACAGCAGCCUUACAGAUGAGCGGAGCUUCAAUGUGGAUUGGUCCGUCUCCACCAAUCAGCCGCCUUCUUGCAGCUUUGAAGGCCUCGGAGUGGAUAUCUGGGUGGAGGAUGUGAGUGGGGAUACUUUGAGGAUCAGAGAGAAACUAAAGGUGAAGCUGGGUCAUGUUGCUAUAGGCAUAAGUGCACAGAUCUCCAUGAGAGCGUUCAGUUUAGCCACGCUGGAUGGGAAGCUAGUCUCCCCUGACACUGAGGUUCUGGAGUCGCGCAUGUGGCUGCUGUGUGUCCCUGCUCCAGACAACAGCACCAACUGGACCUGGAGGAUCCGAGAUGGCAAAAUGGAGACCCAAGAGGCUGACGGACUGCAAUCGGACACCUGCUCCACUCUAGCAGCCUGAAGACUAUGGACACUACAUUCCCUUUCACUUCAGUUAUGUGCUGAUUUUUUUUUCCAAAAUGGUGAAUGACCUUAAAGUGCAAAUUAAAAUAAUUAUUUGGAUAAUUAACACAUUUUUGAAUUCCUUUUUCCAGAGCCAACAUACCAUAACCUUAUGACAUACCAUAACCUAAUUACAAUUAUCGAUACUCUUAAAGGAGUGGGGUUAUAAUUUGUGAGAUAAAUUGCAAGUCCAAUGACAAGCCUUUCCCUUCCCCUCUGCCCCUGGUCCUCUGUUACUCUGCUUUAUGCUUUUUAAUGAAAACAGCCUUUUAAAGAAAAAUGGAAGUAAGUAGCUGUAUCAUCUCUGAGGGUGGAGCUUUUUUUCUGGGCCAGAAAUAUGUAAAAAGAAACCUGUAAUAAAAAAAAUUGCACAACUGUAAUUUACAUCUUGUGAAUCAAUGGAUCUUUGAGAUUAUAUGCUUAUUACAAGUCUAGAAACACUUUUUAACAUUACAAACUUCAUCUUUAAUUUGUUAGAUGAGGGAUAUACUAAUCAUUAUAUAGGAUGCUGGAGUAGCUCAUAAUAUCCACAUACUUUUAAAAGGCUUUGCUGUGACUAGCAGGUAUUUCCUGCACUGGUUCACUUCUCACUGAUGGCUGAUUUGGCUUUUAUCUGUUGCCACAGUGCAAAAGUCACCUUGUACAGUAUUUAUGAUAAAGCCUAUUUUUUAAAAAAUGAUCACAAAUGAAAAUGACUAUAAAUUUGUAUAUGAAAAGUAUAUUUAACACAGUAAGAAACUCAAUAUCUAAAAGAAUAAACAAAAAACAUUUUCAGUCUGGAUUUAUAAAGAGUACCAAAUGGUCUGUUGAACACUAUUCUAAAGUUUAAGGGUGAGUUAAGACCUACUGUUCUACAGAGAAUCAUUCACAGCUCCACUGAAGAUGGACUACACUGCUUCAUGAGCUCAGCAAGAAACAGACCAGAACAAAACCAUCCUGAGUCUUUAACGUUUCAUCAAUGAGUAACAUAUAAAGCAGCUUGUAUAAGACCAACAUAAUAAGCUCUAACUUUCUUUUCCUGAUAACUAGCUGAAACUUUUAAGCAUAAAUAUUCCUACUAACACUGUUCAUGACAUUGCAUUGAUAUCGUUGAUCACUAACUAGCCACGCUGAGUCUCUACCAUAAUCUGCAUUCUGGGACUUUGAGUCCAACGUUUCAAACGUAUUUCUGGAUUUUUCACUAAUACAACGUUAAACGUUGCUGGAAAAUAGUAUGAAGAGAAGCUCUUGCUCUUUCACUAUUAGCUCCUUAAAUUAAAAGUUAGAGCUUAUUGUGUCGGACUUAUUCAAGCUGCCUUAUACGUUACUCAUUGAUGGAACGUUUAAGGCUCAGGAUGGUUUCGUUCUGGUCUGUUUCUUGCUGAGCUCGUGAAGCAGUGUAGUCCAUCUUCAGUGGAGCUGUGAAUGAUUCUCUGUAGAACAGUAGGUCUUAUCUCACCCUUAAACUUUAGAAUAGUGUACAACAGAGCAUUUGGUACAAUUUAUAAAUGUUCCAAAUGAAAUGUUGAAAUGUUUGAGCUCAUUUAUUUAUUUUUUUUCGUCAAUUCAAAUGCCACUGUAACUGCACUAACACUGUCAUCACGUGACGUCAGAGCGGGACACAACUCUACAACAUUAGUCCUUCUCACAGCCCUCAUGUAAAUGCAGCAUUAAGUAAGAAAUUAUCAUCAGAAUCACUAAAUACAGCACACAUAUUUCAAUAGAAACAUAUUUAAUGUGUUUCAGAGUGGAGUUUUCCUUUAACAGUGUGAGACAAAGUGCAAACAUGACGUGUGUCAGCACUUUUUAAGGUGUGUCUGUACUUGCGACAAUAAAUAGGAAAUGAAUUACUUCCUGCUUUGUUCCAAUUGGAGGGUAGCUGUGAGGGGCGGGCUGAAAACUAAUUUUUAAUUGACGCGAUUGGUCGAGUCUGCGAGAGUGGGCGGGGUUAGUGAAGCCGGUGUCGGUGAGGUGUACAUGACGCCAUUUUGACGUGACAGCGGAGCCACUAGCGGUGACAGAGAACUCUCCAGAAUCCUCGUCUACGAGUCGAAUUUACUAAAAAAAAAAAAAAAAGAGCUUCCUUUCAUAACAAA